CUAUCGUUAUCCUUAUCCCCUCACCUCUUCUAGUAGUGGCUAGUGGAAACUGUUUGGGUUGUGAAAAAAAAAACGCUAUAUUUGAACAUAAAGAUUUUUUUUAUUAGCGUGUUCUUCGUUUUCACAAAGGCCACUUUUGCGGGAUGGGAAUGGCAUCUAAAAGGAAAAAAAACAAUGAGUAGUGAAGGUCCAGUUAAGAUUGUAGGAAUUAACCAUGGAGUAUGUCUGCAUCAUUUCUUGUUGAUGGAUGGAUGGAAGGAAAAAAGAACAAUUCACUGAUGUUACAUUUUUUUGCCAGUCUCCAGAUGACAAUAAUGAACAACACAGCUUACAAAACAAGCUCCGUGCUAACAGAAGUGUUCUUGCUGCUGCCAGCCGGUUCUUUUCCAUCCUGUUACCUGAUUGUGAGUUAGACCUAGAUGUCUGCAUCUCAAUUGAUCUGAGCUUUGAAGAACUGUUUUGUGUUCUUGAGUACAUCUAUUCUGGGAAGCUGCUGUGUUCAGUCAAAAGCAAAGACAGAAUUUUAAGUAUUCUAAAAGAAUUUGAUAUUUUCGUGCCUGAUCAUCUACAGAAUUCAGUAGACUGUGGAAGAAAUGGAAGUAGUGAGGCAGAAGUGGAAAUAAUAUUUGAAGAAGCCAUUGCAAGUGAACCAAAAACUACUAAAGAUCCCACAAACAUUUCAGAGGAUAAAUCUCCCUUUGCAACUUCUGCCGAUGUUCGUGUAGUAAAUAGUGGAGAACUAAUUUUACGAGAACCCAAUAUUUCAAGCUCCAAUGAAGAUCCCUUCCAGUAUGAAGAAAAGCUUCCAGAAAAAUUCUCAAACAGUCAUAAGAUGUAUAGCAACAAAAGUAAAACUCAUUGUGGAUCAAAAAUGGCUAUUCUGAAUUCAAACACCAAUGUUACUGAAACCAUUGUUGAACCGGAAAUCUCCAGACAUAAAGAUCCGGUCUUCACCGUAGUCACCAACCAACUGUUGAAUAUGGUUGAAUAUAACAAGGCAACAAACUGGGAAGAGCGGCAACGCUGCACAGGGAGAGAAGGGGUAAUCCUGAAUUUUCUUGUACGUAGACAAGACGGUGUGGCGUAUGGUACUCUUGAGAGUAAUACACAGAUUCCUGUUGCUACAGUUUACUCAAAGUGUGUUAGUUGA